GUGAGGACAGGGUGUUUGGGGCCUUGUCAGUGGCACAGAAGCUUGUUCUGGGCCGUAGGCCUCUGCGUGGACCAGAUGGGGCAGCCAGUGGCCAGGCUGGUCCCCCUCCUCCUUCUCCUGCUCCCCCAGCAGGGCGCUGAAGCCUGCGGUACCAGCGAGUGCUGUUUUCAGGACCCACCAUAUCAGGAUGUAGAUUCAGGAUCUUCUCUAGGCUCAGCCUUGGGCCCCAGGAACCUGAACUGCUACCGGAUAUUUGGUGCUGGUUAUGAAUGCUCUUGGGAGUAUGAGGGCCCUGCGGCUGGGGUCAGGCACUUCCUGAGGUGCUGCCUUGGGCCCAAGCGUUGCUGCUACUUCGCUGCAGGCUCGGCCACCAAGCUGCAAUUCUCUGACCAGGAUGGCGUAUCUGUGCUCCAUGCUGUCACACUCUGGGUGGAAUCGUGGGCCAUCAACCGGACAGAGAAGUCGCCUAAGGUUACCCUGAAGCUCUAUAGCUCUGUUAAAUAUGACCCUCCGCCAAGAGACAUCAAGGUGUCAGGGUCAGCAGGGCAGGUGCGCAUGGAGUGGGAGACCCCAGCCCGCCAGGAUGGUGCUGAGGUACAGUUCCGGCGCCGGACACCUGGCAGCCCAUGGAAGCUGGGUGACUGUGGACAUCAGGAUGAUGCUGGCUUCGAGUCAUGCCUUUGUCCCCUGGAGAUAGACGCAGCCCAGGAAUUUCAGCUACGGAGGAGGCGGCUUGGGCCAGGGGCCCCAGGAAGUCCCUGGAGCAGCUGGAGCAGCCCCGUGUGUGUCCCUCCUGAAAUCCCCCCACAGCCCGACGUGAGGUUCUUGGUGGAGCCACUUGGCCCAGAUGGGAGGAGGCAAGUGAAUCUGCAUGGGCAGCUGCCCCAGAUCCAGCUUCCAGAAGGCUGCCAAGAGCCCAAGUCUGGCGCAGAGGUGACCUACCGCCUCCACCUGCACAUGCUGUCCUGCUCGUGUAAGGCCCAGGCCACGAGGACCCUGCGUCUGAGGACAAGGCUCAUCCUCUCGGGCGCUGCCUAUGACCUGGCUGUCAUCUCCUGGAAUCGCUUUGGCCCCGGCCCCAACCAGUCAUGGCAUAUUCCUGCCCAUGUGCACACAGAACCAGGAGCUCUGAAUAUCAGUGCUGAGGCCAAUGGGACCACUAUGCAUUGGCCAGCCCAGGCCCCGGGCCUGACGUACUGCAUCGAGUGGCAGCUCCAUGGCCAGGAUGGAAGCCCUGCCACCUGUACCCUGACUGUGCCUGAAGACUGGGACCAUCCUGGAACAGCAACCCACCACUGGAGCCCAGCGUCUGGGGCAAUGGGGCAGAAGGCCUGUUACCUUAUCAACAUUUUUGCCACUGCACGCCCGGAGAAGCCCAGCUCAUGGUCUAGCGUCCUGUCUACCUAUCACUUUGGGGGCAAUGCCUCGGUGGUGGGGAGUCCACAGCACAUAUCGGUGAAAACGCUUGGCCCAGACUCUGUGUCUGUGGACUGGACGCCGUCCCUGCUGAGCACCUGCCCCGGUGUACUGAAGAAGUAUGUCAUACGCUGCCAAGAUGAGGACAGCAACCAGGUGUCUGAGCUGCCUGUGAAGCCCACAGAGACCCAGGUCACCCUUGGUGGUCUGCGGGCUGGCUCAACCUACAGUGUGCAGGUGCGAGCAGACACAGCGACACUGAGGGGCGCCUGGAGUCAGCCCCAGCACUUCUACAUAGAAGUCCAGGUUUCCAAGUUGUUCGAUUUGUCCAUUGUCCUCAUAUCUCUGGGGAGCUUCCUGAGCAUUCUCCUCCUGGGCGUCCUUCUAUACCUCAGCCUGAACAGAGUCUUGCGGCAUCUGUGCCCACCCCUGCCCACACCCUGUGCCAGCACUGCUGUCGAGUUCCCCAGCAGCCAGUGGAAGCAGGCUUGGCAGUGGCCCAGCCCAGCAGACUUCCUGGAGGAGGAGGAGGAGUCCCCGAAACAAGCUCUGGUGGUGACCAUGCCCUGGGACAAAGGUGACGGGGCUGACCUGGACAUGCCUGGGCCUUUCAAGGACAAGAUGGAGCUACCUCAGAGUGCCCCUGAGCCAGCCCUAGAUACAGAGCUGCCCUUGGAGGACAGGAGACGGGUUCAAGGAUACCCCAAGGCUGGAAGUCUGGGACUCAGUGGGCAGGACAGUCUGGAGGGCAGCCCUGCCCAGGUGGCUGCACUGCCCCUACUCCUGGGAGACCUAAUGCAGAGACCCAGGUCCGGUGGCCCUCAGCAUGUGAGCCUGGAGGCCUGAAGGAGAAAAGGGAACGUCUACUUCAUAUGGACAGGAAGACUGACGAUCGCAGUCACAGCGGCUGAUUACUAAAUGCUUAUUGCAUAGUCAGACUGUACUGUCCAGACACUCGCAUGAUGUCUGAGGUACAUGGCUGUCCUGUUUUACAGAUGUGACUACUGAGGUGCAGAGAGGGCGAGUGGCUGACGUGAAGCCACAUAGCACAGGCGAGAGUCAAACUCCAGCCAAGUGACCCAGACCCCAUUCCCACAUCCCAGACUCUGCCACCAUUGCCCCGCCCCCCUACUCUGUCCAGCACCUGUUGCGACAUGUCCUGUGAGGGGAACCCUAAAAAUCACCAUGAAACAGAAGCUGCUACACAAGGCUGGGCCUGAUAUCCAUGGGGCAGGGACAGGCACUGUCAUUGCCUGUUGGGGUGGAAUAAACUAGAGGGUGGCCCAAAGGAGGCAACAUUGAUCCCAGGGCCCUGGGCUGGGUGUCUGAUCCCGCAGCACUGGAUGCGGAGUCUGGGUGUUCGGCUCCUCACCACACUACAGGGGCUCCAGGCUUAAAGGAUCUAGGUGGGGAGAAAAGAAGGGGGUCUCUAACAUUCUGUGGGAGAUGAUGGCCCCUUCCCUGGCCUGUCUCUUCUCCUGUAAGAUGGGGGUGUUGAUAAUGUUGACCCCUUGCCGAGCUGUUAGGGGGUCUAAGCCUUAAUAAAUGAGCCUU